GGUCAAACAAACAAGGAGGUCGACCAAGUUCAGUCGCAUUGCUCACAGUCCCUCGUCAUUCCGUCAACACCACGGACGGCAAUUGUGGUGUCGAAAACACACCCCCGACUCCCCCGACUCCCACGAUUGGCCUGAUCCUAGCCUCAAUACCGCUCGCAUUCGACUCGCCCUAUCCAGCCCCUUCCGGAUUGCCCUAUCGCAAUCGACCACCACCACUAAACAUCUCCCAGCUCGCUCCAAAACACCAAACACCAGCCCACUCACAAGUUCACAACAAUGUUGACAGCAAUCGGCCGCGCCGCCGCUCAGCGCGUGCUCCUCCGCACCGCCCCGCUGGCAGUCCCGCGAACCCAGCUUGCCGUCGUGCGCGCAGCGUCUUGCCGCGGCUUCGCGACCUCGCAAUGGGCGCGCAUGCCUGCCACCAAGGCGGCGACGACCACUAAGACCAAGACGAAGACCACGGCCGCCAAGAAGAAGCCCGCCACCAAGGCCAAGAAGCCCGCCGCUAAGAAGCCCAAGGCGAAGAAGAAGGUCGCCGUGAAGAAGGCUGCGCCCAAAAAGAAGAAGGUCAAGAAGGUGGUGCUCACGCCCGAGCAACAGAAGAGGCUUAGGGUGCGGGAGUUGAAGGCGGCAGCGCUGCUGGAGGAGCCGAAGAAGCUCCCAACGAACACAUUCCGGGUGUAUGCUGAGCAACAAUUUGCUACGGAGCCCACCUCAGAUUUGAAGUUGACCGACCGGGUCAAGGGCAUUGCCGAGUCUUACAAAAACCUGUCCUCAUACGAAGUCCAGCGUCUUGAAGAGACUGCCGAAGCCAACAAGCUGACCAACAACGCGGCCUACAAGUCGUGGGUUGAGUCGCUCCAGCCCACGGUUGUGGCCGAGGCCAACCGCGCCCGCCUGAGGCUCCGCAACCUUACCGGCAAGCAGGUCCCGCGGACCAUCCGUGACGACCGCCUCCCCAAGAGGCCGCACAACGCCUACGCGCUCUUCGUCAAGGCGCGAUUCGGCAGCGGCGACUACUCCAACCACACUGGCAAGGCGAGUGAGAACAUGCAAGCCAUUGGCAACGAGUGGAAGCAGAUGUCUCCGCCCGAGAAGAUCGCGUAUGAGGAGCUCGCCAAGGCUGACUUUGACCGUUGGGAGCGCGAGUCGCUGGAAAUCUUGGGCCAUGUCGUCAAGCGUAGCCCUUCUCCCGAGUAAGAAAAAUUCACCCAGUUCAGGUCACGAACCUGAGCGGUAAUCCCUUUCUUUCUCUCCUCGAGGAUUCCCCUUGAGGAAUAAAUUCCACCCCGCGGCGUCAAGUGUCAAAAAAAAGUAGGAUAUGCCUGAGCGAGUUCAGCAGAGCGAUGAAUCGUGUACGAGGAGGAGCAAGUCGGGAAGAGGAGGGUAUGCUUAUUGGUUUUCCUUGUUCUGUACAGAGUAGGAAUUGCUAGAAGGAUCGGUCGAUGUUCCUUAGCUGUAUUUCAGAUACCAAAUGUCAAAGAGAGGUUUCGCGA